GGACAGUGACGUUACCAUAUGCUACUGAACACACACUCCACCCCCCCUGUUGAAGGACCCUUCUUUGUACAACAUAUAAACCCCCGUUGCCCUUCUCUCCCUUCCCAUCCUCCGGACUCCUAUCCCACUAUCCUUAAUCCCCUCCACUCAAACAACACGGAUACGACGAAAAUCCUUCCCUCUCAAUUUCACAAUAUGCCAUCUGAACACGACGCAGAAGAGGCAGGUUAUGGCUGCAGCAUCAAAGGAUUCGAUCGCAUUCGGAACGAUCCCGGAUUCGACGCGGCCCUCUUGGCCUCUGCUGAAUUUCACAAACGUGUCAACAAUGGGACCAUUACAGUACUUCGGGAGAAUUAUUCCAUUCCUUCCGACAAGGCGGGUGGUGAUGGCGAUGCGGGGAGUCAACUGUGAUGAUGUCCUGCUUCCUCAUUGUGAGGAGGUUGCAGUCAGGGGAUACGAUACCGGACCGCACAGGGUGGCAUGUUAUCUGGAGGUGAUUGUCGGCAAUGAUACCAGCUCGGUUGUUGAUUCUGAACAAUCCAUGGAUGGCUCUGACGAUGGCUAUUUUGAAAAGGAUGGGGAGGAGGAGGAGGAAAUGGGAGUGUCGCAAGGGGUCAUUUGUGAUAACCGAGUUCCCGACCAUGCCAGCGUCAGUGUUCUUUGCAGUCCCAUCGUUCCCACUCAAUUGACCUUACCACCCGCCUCUGAUCGCGUCCAUCUGAUUUGCCGUCUCUAUCGACAGGGAAACGCCAUGUUCAACAUCUGCAACACCGAUACCUGCCACCCCCAUCGAUUCACUGCUCAACGGCGAACUUGCAACCGAAUUUACAACCAAUGCAGUCGAAGAAGUAAAGGGGGUCAUGUUGAAUACACCGGACCUCAUGGUACAUCCUCGCUGUAUCGGGAUGGUGAUCACAGCGUGCCACCUGCUUAUCCUGGUUGUUAGGUGGUUCUUCACUUUCAGCAGACUAUUGGGGUGGAUCCAAUUCGUUGUUUCGUGCCGUUGUGAUAGUCUUUUAUUUUGCUCUUCUUGUUAG